AUGGUGUCCCUGACGUUCCUUUGGAUGGGUUUCCUCUGCCACCUGUGUCAGGGCUACUUUGAUGGCCCUCUCUACCCAGAGAUGUCCAAUGGGACUCUGCACCACUACUUCGUGCCCGACGGGGACUACGAGGAAAACGAUGACCCUGAGAAAUGCCAGCUGCUGUUCAGGGUGAGUGACCACCGGCGCUGCUCCCAGGGGGAGGGGAGCCAGGCCAGAAGCCUGCUAAGUCUCACCCUCCGGGAGGAGUUCACCGUGCUAGGGCGCCAGGUGGAGGAUGCUGGGCGAGUCCUGGAGGGCAUCAGCAAGAGCAUCUCCUACGACCUGGACGGGGAAGAGAGCUAUGGCAAGUACCUUCGGCGGGAAUCCCACCAGAUCGGGGAUGCCUACUCCAACUCCGACAGAUCCCUCACUGAAUUGGAAAUCAAGUUCAAGCAGGGGCAGGAACAGGACAGCCGGCAGGAGAGCAGGCUGAACGAGGACUUCCUGGGGAUGCUGGUCCACACCAGAUCCCUGCUGAAGGAAACGCUGGACAUUUCCGUGGGUCUCAGGGACAAAUACGAGCUGCUGGCCCUCACCAUCAGGAGCCACGGAACCCGGCUAGGUCGACUGAAAAACGAUUAUCUGAAAGUAUAG